AUGGUAGCGCCGUUGAAUCGCACGACAAAAUCAUCUAAUGACGAUACGUGCCCUGCUAAAGAAUCACUUGUCGUCAGUCCGCGAUAUCUAAACGCCAGUGCAGUCAAAGCUAGUACAUACAAUUGGGAUGAAGAAACUCAGGGACUGAUAUUAUCAUCGUUUUAUUGGGGUUACGUGCUAACAAACAUUUUCGCUGGCUUCACUCUCGACAAACUCGGUGGCAAACACACCCUCGGAUUUGGCGUACUGUCUACGGCUGCGUUAACAAUACUGACACCAUUGUGCAUCAAAUGGGGUGGCGCAACUGCAUUCAUUGGCUUACGUCUGCUGAUGGGUCUCUGCGAAGGUGCGAUGUAUCCAGCAAUAUUACGCUUGAUGGCUCAAUGGACACCCGAAGACGAACGUUCUUGGGCGGCCUCGUGGGCAUUUUCUGGAUCACCUGUGGGUACAAUUAUCGGUAUGGCUGCAUCCGGUGCUAUGAUACAGCGAUCGGAUAUUGGCUGGCCAAUUGUAUUUUACUUCUACGGCGGACUUGGAGUUUUGAUUUAUCUACUUCAUUGUGUCUUUUGUUACGACUCGCCUGCUGUGCAUCCCUUCGUCUCGAAAUCGGAAACGAAUUAUUUGUCAGGCAAAUUGCAGCACACUCAUACAAACUUACCACCGACACCCUGGCUUCACAUGAUUCGCUCAAAAUCCGUAUGGGCACUUCUCACUGUGACUACGGGCAAAGCAUGGUGUCUUUUUACAUAUAUCAGCGACAUGCCUAAGUUUAUGAGUAGUGUUCUGAAAUUGUCUGUGGAAGAAAACGGUUACAUCUCGUCGAUUCCACACGUUGUCUCCUGGAUAGCCGGAUGUGCAUUAUCAUGGUUAGCCGACUACGUUAUCGCAAAGAAACUCGCGUCGACAACCUUCGUUCGUAAAAUUGGCAGUAGCAUCGCUCUUGUUGGUACUGGUGUUUUCCUAGUUAUUGCCACUUAUGUUGGAUGUAAUGCUACCCUCGUCGUCACUUUUCACACCAUUGGCAUGAUAAUGUUCAGUUGCAAUAAUUUCGGCAUAAUGGUCAAUGCUCUCGAUCUGGCGCCGAAUUACGUUGGUGCACUCCAAGGUGUAGUCUUUGGAUUUGCUACUGCAGCUGGAUUUCUGGCACCGUAUGCGGUUGGUGUUAUUGCACCGAAUCAAACGAUUAGCGAAUGGAAAUUGGUAUUUUGGUUAAUGUUAUUUAUCGGUUCGGCUAGUAAUGCGAUUUUUGUAGUAUGCGGUAGCGCUGAAGUACGGAAGUGGAAUAAUCCGAGCUUUUUGGAACGUAAGAAACUACAAAGUGAAAAGGGCGAGAUUGCAGAGAACGAUGAAUUGCUUGUAAUAAAAUAG